UGUUGUUCUUGUUCAUACAGUUCAUUUCGAUUACGCCAACUCACGAUAGCAGUACCUGUUCAGUUCUGAGAAGGAAAAAUUAACAAAAUUAUGUUUUUCUUGUUUAUUAUCACUUCAUGCAUAUUUUGCAAUACAUUGCAACUUGACUUUCAGCAUGGAUUUUUUAAUAACGGAACUACUACAAACUAUAUGUUUAUAAGGGGUAUGCCUACAGCAGGAGCAAAUGCUAAUCCACUAUCCGAUUCAGAAAAAGCAGCGCUCUUGGAAGUACAUAAUGAUGGAAGAAGAACUGUGUAUCCCGAGGCAUCAAAUAUGAACAAUGUGGCAUGGGAUUUCGAGCUCGAAAGUGCAGCACAAGAAUCAACAGAUACCUGCUACUAUGCCAUAACGCCAUCGACAGACUUGGAUUCGUCUUCCCGACGAAUUGCUCAGUUUGCGGGGAUCACACAUGUCGAUUCGUUCAGAUUGUCAACUAUAAUAAACAGCUGGUUUGAUAAUGGUGGCUAUUAUGAAUAUACGACGAGGACCUGCAACAGUGUAUCUGUCGAUUACUGUAAUGCUUACAAAUUACUUACGUGGGCAGAGAUGACUAAAAUAGGAUGUGCUCAAACAUACUGUUCUGUGCUUUACGACGCUCAAAAUGACAUGAACAGAACAAAUAUUUGGUAUUUCAAGUGCAAUUAUGAAGAUGUAGGUAGAUACGAUAAACUGGACUCGUAUCUAGUUGGAGCAAAGUGCACUAAAUGUUUGCCUGGAACGGGAUGGUGUAAUGAUGGACUUUGUGAGCUAAAUUUGCACAGCCGAGUAAAGCGUGAUCAGGCCCUUAGCUUAACUGAAAAAUCAACAACUAGUAUUAGUUCAACCAGGCAGUCAACAACUGGUGUCGGCACUACUAAAUCAACAACUGACAUCAAUUAUACUACAGAGCCGUCGACUAUUGGACACAAAGCAACAGAGCAAUCAACAACUGACAAUAGCAUAACCAAGAAAUCGACAGACAUUGUUACAACUGAGCAGUCCACAGCUGAAUACAGUACAAAGGAACUGUCAACAGCUGAAUACAGUACAAUGGAAGAGUCAUCAACUGAUUACAGUACAAAUAAAUAUAGUGCAACUGAAACGUUGGCAAUUCAAUACAGUACCACUGCAUUGUCGACAACAGAAUACAACACAGCUGAACCGUCGUCACCUGACUACAGUACUACAGAACUGUCGUCACCUGACUACAGUGCUACAGAACCGUUGACAACAAAAUACAGUAAGACUGAAACAUCGACAAAUGAAUACAAUACAAUUGAACCGUUGACAACUGAACCCAGUACAACUGAACAAUCAACUAUAAAAUACAGUACAGCUGAACCGUCGACAACCAAAUACAGUACAGCUGAACAAUCAACGACCAAAUACAGGACAACUGAACCGUCGACAACCAAAUACAGUACAAGUGAACCGUCGACAACUAAAUACAGAACAACUAAACCUUCGACAACCGAAUACAGUACAAGUGAAAAAUCGACGACCGAAUACAGUACAACUGUACCUUCGACAACCGAAUAUAGUACAAGUGAAAAAUUGACGACAAAAUACAGUUCAACUGAUCCGUCGACAACCAGACUGUUGACAACUGAAUACAGUACAACUAAACCUUCGACAACCGAAUACAGUACAACUGAACCGUCGACAACCGAAUACAGUACAACUGAACCGUCGACGACAAAAUAUCGUACAACCGAGUACAGUACAACUGAACAAUCAACUACAAAAUAUAGUUCAACGGAACCGUCGACAACCGAAUACAGUACAACUGAACCGUCGACAACCGGUUACAGUACAACUGAACCGUCGUCAACCGAGUACAGUACAACUGAACCGUCGUCAACCGAGUACGGUACAACUGUACCGUCGACAACCGAAUACAGUACAACUGAACAAUCAACUACAAAAUAUAGUUCAACGGAACCGUCGACAACCGAAUACAGUACAACUGAAUACAGUACAACUGAACCGUCGACAACAAAAUACAGUACAACUGGACCGUCAACAACUGAACAAUCGACGACAAAAUACAGUACAACCGAAUACAGUACAACAAAACCUUCGACAACCGAAUACAGUACAACUGAACAAUCAGCUACAGAAUACAGUACAACUGAACCGUCGACAACCGAAUACAGUACAACUGAACAAUCAACUACACAAUCAACUACAAGAUACAGUACAACUGAACCGUCGACGACCAAAUACAGGACAACUGAACCGUCGACAUCUGAACUGUUGACAACAGAAUACAGUACAACUGAACCGUCGACAACCGAAUACAGUACAACUGAACAAUCAACUACAAAAUACAGUACAGCUGAACCGUCGACGGCCAAAUACAGGACAACUGAACCUAAAACUGAACCGUCGGCAACCAAAUACAGUACAACUGAACCGUCGACGACCAAAUACAGGACAACUGAACCGUCGACGACCAAAUACAGGACAACUGAACUGUCGACAUCUGAACUGUUGACAACAGAAUACAGUACAACUGAACCGUCGACAAUCGAAUACAGUACAACUGAACAAUCAACUACAAAAUACAGUACAGCUGAACCGUCGACAACCAAAUACAGUACAACUGAACCGUCGACGACCAAAUACAGGACAACUGAACCUACAACUGAACCGUCGACAACCGAAUACAGUACAAGUGAACAAUCGACGACAAAAUAUCUUACAACCGAAUACAGUUCAACUGAACCGUCGACGACCAAAUACAGGACAACUGAACCGUCGACAUCUGAACUAUUGACAACAGAAUACAGUACAACUGAACCGUCGACAACGGAAUACAGUAUAACUGAACAAGCAACUACAAAAUACAGUACAGCUGAACCGUCGACAACCAAAUACAGUACAACUGAACCGUCGACGACCAAAUACAGGACAACUGAACCGUCGACAACUAAAUACAGUACAACUGGACCGUCGACAACUGAACAAUCGACGACAAAAUACAGUACAACCGAAUACAGUACAACAAAACCUUCAACAACUGAAUACAGUACAACUGAACAAUCAACUACAAAAUACAGUACAACUGAACCGUCGACAACCGAAUACAGUACAACUGAACAAUCAACUACAAAAUACAGUACAACUGAACCGUCGACGACCAAAUACAGGACAACUGAACCGUCGACAUCUGAACUGUUGACAACAGAAUACAAUACAACUGAACCGUCGACAACCGAAUACAGUACAACUGAACCGUCGACGACCAAAUACAGGACAACUAAACCAUCGACAACUGGACUGUUGACGACAGAAUACAGUACAACUGAACCGUCAACAACCGAAUACAGUACAACUGAACCGUCGACAACCGAAUACAGUACAACUGAACCGUCGACAACCGAAUACAGUACAACUGAACCGUCGACAGCUGAACCGUUAACGACCAAAUACAGGACAACUGAACCGUCGACAACAAAAUACAGUACAACUGGACCGUCGACAACUGAACAAUCGACGACAAAAUACAGUACAACCGAAUACAGUACAACAAAACCUUUGACAACCGAAUACAGUACAACUGAACUGUCGACAACCGAAUACAGUACAACUGAACCGUCGACAACCGAAUACAGUACAACUGAACCGUCGACAACCGAAUACAGUACAACUAAACCGUCGACAACCAAAUACAGUGCAACUGAACCAUCGACGACCAAAUACAGGACAACUGAACCGUCGACAACUGGACUGUUGACAACAGAAUACAGUACAACUGAAUCUUCGACCACUGAAUACAGUACAACUGAACCGUCGACAACCGAAUACAGUACAACUGAACCGUCGACAACCGAAUACAGUACAACUGAACCGUCGACAACAAAAUACAGUACAACUGGACCGUCGACAACUGAAGAAUCGACGACAAAAUACAGUACAACUGAACCGUCGACAACCGAAUACAGUACAACUGAACAAUCAACUACAAAAUACAGUACAACUGAACCAUCGACGACCAAAUACAGGACAACUGAACCGUCGACAUCUGAACUGUUGACAACAGAAUACAGUACAACUGAACCGUCGACAACCGAAUACAGUACAACUGAACAAUCGACGACAACACAUAGUACAACUGAAACGUCGACAACCAAAUACAGUACAACUGAACCGUCGACAACCGAAUACAGUACAACUGAACCGUCGACAACCGAAUACAGUACAACUGGACUGUCGACAACUGAAGAAUCGACGACAAAAUACAGUACAACCGAAUACAGUACAACUGAACAAUCAACUACAAAAUACAGUACAACUGAACCGUCGACAACCAAAAUCAGUACAACUCAACCGUCGACAACCGAAUACAGUACAACUCAACCGUCGACAACCAAAUACAGUACAACUGAACCGUCGACAACCAAAUACAGUACAACUGAACCGUCGACAACCGAAUACAGUACAACUGGACCGUCGACAACUGAAGAAUCGACGACAAAAUACAGUACAACCGAAUACAGUACAACUGAACAAUCAACUACAAAAUACAGUACAGCUGAACCGUCGACAACCGAGUACAGUUCAACUGAACCGUCGACAACUGAAAUCAGUACAACUCAACCGUCGACAACCGAAUACAGUACAACUGAAUCGUCGACAACCAAAUACAGUACAACUGAACCGUCGACAACCGAAUACAAUACAAGUGAACGAUCGACGACAGAAUAUCGUACAACCGAAUACAGUUCAACUGAACCGUCGACAACUUUAUACAGUUCAACUGAACAAUCGACGACAACACAUAGUACAACUGAACCGUCGAUAACAAAAUACAGUACAACUGGACCGUCGACAACUGAACAAUCGACAACAAAAUACAGUACAACAAAAUACAAUACAACAAAACCGUCAACAACCGAAUACAGUACAACAAAACCGUCGACAACUGAAUACAGUACAACUGAACAAUCGACUACAAAAUACAGUACAGCUGAACCGUCGACAACCAAAUACAGGACAACUGAACCGUCGACGACCAAAUACAGGACAACUGAACCGUCGACAACAAAAUACAGUACAACUGGACCGUCGACAACUGAACAAUCGACGACAAAAUACAGUACAACCGAAUACAGUACAACAAAACCUUCGACAACCGAAUACAGUACAACUGAACUGUCGACAACCGAAUACAGUACAACUGAACAAUCAGCUACAAAAUACAGUACAGCUGAACCGUCGACAACCAAAUACAGUACAACUGAACAAUCAACUACAAAAUACAGUACAGCUGAACCGUCGACAACCAGAUACAGGACAACUGAACCGUCUACGACCAAGUACAGGACAACUGAACCGUCGACAACUGGACUGUUGACAACAGAAUACAGUACAACUGGACUGUUGACAACCGAAUACAGUACAACUGAACCGUCAACAACUGAAUACAGUACAACUGAACAAUCGACGAUAAAAAAUAGUUCAACUGAACCGUCUAUAACUGAAUACAGAACAUCUGAACAAUCAACGACUAAAUACAGUACAACUGAACAAUCGACAACAAAAUACAGUACAACUGAACAAUCGACAACAAAAUACACUACAACUGAACCGUCGACAACCGAAUACAGUACAACUGAACCGUCGACAACCGAAUACAGUACAACUGAACCGUCGACUACGGAAUACAGUACAACUGAACCUUCGACUACGGAAUACAGUACAGCUAAACCGCCGACAACUGAAUACAGUACAGCUGCACCGCCUACAGCCGAAUACAGUACAGCUGCACAAUUGACAAAAUACAGUUCAACUGAUCCGUCGACAACUGGACCGUCGACAACUGAACACAGUACAACUGAGCAAUCAACAACUAAAUAUAGUACAACUGAAAUUAGUACAACUAAACCUUUGACUACUCAAUACAGUACCACAGUAUGCGGUCUUAAACUGGGCUGUAAUAUGAACGGCCUACUCGACGAGGGUACAUGUACAUGUCAUUGUUUUUCCGGCUACAAAGGCGACUUCUGUAGCUCCGCAUGCAAUAUUGAUGAAAGCAGUUGCUGGGAACUCUAUGCACGUCCCAUGGUUAGAAAUGAUGGUAACUGCCCAAUAUACAUCCCUACCAUAGAUUGUGACAAUGAAUUCUCUUGCAAGAAUGACGGCUAUCUUGAAAAACAAAGUGGAUUUGAGGGUGUUCCUGGAAUGUGUCGCUGCUAUUGUCCAUUCCCCUGGAGUGGUUCUACUUGUGAAGAUUGUAAUUUAGAGUGCAUUUAUGGAACACUCGAUCCAGGCAACUGUACUUGUUCGUGUAAUGAUGGUUACUCUGGCGUCGACUGUUCAAGUUCAUGUAAACAGACUUCACUACUGUGUACACGGCACACUCAAGGGAGAUGCGAUCAUAACGUCAUUAGAAAACAUUGUCCAAUAAUGUGCGGCGUAUGUGUGCCCUUGUAAAUAGUAUGUUGUAGAAGCACGAGCCAAGAAUUUUAAAGAACCAAUCAUUGGCCAAGAUUAAAUUAAACCACCAAUUCAGAAUGGACUGGUUUUUUUGGAAUGUUGUAAUAGCAAUAUUUUGUAUCAAUGUAUUAAUUAGCAUAAUGUAAAAA